AUGUCUGGCAGACGAGUUCCUCUUUCUACGAACCAGAAUGUUGCCAAUUCCCCCCUGCGAAGCUCAGCUCUCUUAGCUAAGCACAAACGUUCUGCCACCCAGCUACAGCGCGAGGACCAAUAUGGCCAGCCGCCUCCCGCCAAAAAGCAGAUAAUUGAGGGCCGUUCUCAACGACCAUUGAAGUCUCCUUCGCAGCAACAGCAUCGUGCCUCUAGAAGUCAGAUUCCCAUACAAACACGUCGCAACGCGAACAGUUAUGAGAACAAGUUGGCAAAGGAGAGAUCCGGACAUCAUCAUCACCAACACCAACACCAGCAGGCUGUGUCCACCAACCCAGGUUAUACCGAGAAGGACGUUGAAGAGAUUCAAGUUUGGCAGCAGCAUCAUCGAGCUAGAUUUCCUAAGCUUGUAUUUUACUUCGAGAAGGUCCCUAACGACGCACACAAAAAGCUCGCCAAGCAGAUCGCAGCAUUAGGUGCCCGUGAGGCAGCCUUCUUCUCUAUCGAUAUCACACACGUUGUCACCACCCGAACGAUCCCCUCGGAGAAGAGUGUAAGCCGUCGAGAGGAAGAGCAUGCAGCUAGCGAGAAACACACCGAGCAGAUCCAGGACCAAGAGCAGGACCAGGAAGAAGUAAAGACGAUUAACCCGUCUCUAUUAACCCGGCUAUCAGAGGCUUCUACGAAACGUAGAUUUGACGGAGACCUUCGAACCCGGAAGAUGCCGUCUCAUACUCAGAUCGAGCCGCCCAAACGCAAUAUGGAUGUGCUUCUCCGUGCUAGAGAGAUGGGGAAGAAGAUUUGGUCUUUGGACAAGUUGCAGCGAAUGUUGGACCUGCUCCUCGAGACUGACCCUUACGUUAGUGCAGAAAUCGCUUAUGGGGCGCGCAAGACGAGGGUCACCGAGACUCGCACGACCGAAGAUCGUAACUUACUGAAUCUUCUCCAUAAUGAGCGCGUCAAUGGACCAUCUGACCGAGAUCCCACCGCAAACGCCCAGGAUCUACAAUUUUUCAAGGGCCCGUACAUAUAUAUAUACGACUUUGAGGAGAAGCAGAAGCCAAUCAUGGUCAGGGAGUAUAAGAAGGUUGCCGAAAAAUCUAAGGGAGAGUGGCCUCAGUUCCGGACUGCUGCAUUGGGACGCUGCCCGUUCAUCGAUGAGUAUGAACCAAGAGAUACCCGGCCUCAACCCAAGCCAAAAGUCCAAGUGACCAGGGCCACCGCUGAGACCAAACCUGUUCUCCAACCUCCCACGAAGAUGGAUCCACCGAAGCCUGUGACUGGCAAGCGAUCGUUAGGUGAGAUGCAAAAGGGCCAUUGCCGUGGUUCCAGCAUUGCCUCGAUUGAAAUGUCCAUCCCAACGAAACCUACCGUCGGCCCAUUCGCAGAUACUCGUCCCCAGGCGUUCACUGGUCGUUCUGCCAGCCGCCUCUUCGGUGGUGAACCCGUCGCAUCUGGUGUUCAGCCCUCCAACGUGACCUCUGCAAUUCGAUCUCAGAUGGUUUCGUCAACCGCAACAACACCCGGCGUUAUCACCGGGUUGAGCAAGGAAGUACACGGCCUGCAACGUCAAGUCUUGAAGCGUAAUAGUACUGCGACUUCACAGGACUUUAGUUCCCGUCGUAAUGGAGAAGCAAGCUUUCGAGAUGAGGUUCCAGCCAAACGGUCUUUCAGUACUAUGAGUCGUACUUCGAGCCGAAAACUUGAUAUGAUAGAGGAGGCGGCAGCCGGCAAGAACACUCAGGCUGUUUCAAAGGCCGUUCCACGCACGACUAAGCGAGAGACCGCGCAACCGAAGAAAGCCGAGCUAAAGCCUGGUUACUGCGAGAACUGCUCGGAGAAGUAUGCGGAUUUCGAUGAGCAUAUUCUUACCAAGAAGCAUCGCAAAUUUGCUGACGAUAAUGACAACUGGGGAGAUCUGGAUGAUCUCCUUUCCCAACUUCAACGCGCACCUAAACACAAGUCUUUCGCAUCCUGGACACCUACUCUUGCGGAUUUUGAAGAAGCUUAUUAA